AUGACCGACCCGCUUUUGCUUUUCGAUAUCAGGCUAGCAAGAAAGAUAUACACAGGGCGGUCGCAUCUAAUUAAUUCCAGGCGUUCUAGAGAGUCAGGAAGACCUGGGACAUCUCGUAACCCACAUUGCUCCACUGUACCCACAAACCGCCAGAGUUACGCCAUUUGGAACUUGACGGAACAAUUCGGGCUGGACACGGGCACAUACUCCGUUGGAUGUUUGGCAAAGCUUCGAGAUGGCAGCAAGGUCAUUUGCAUAACGCAAUUCACCUAUUAUGAGCAGCAAGAUCUCUUGGGAGAGAUACAGAAGACUCAUUGUGGCUAUCAAAGGAAUCAAAAGUGGCAAGAUUUGCUCUCGCCAGAUGCUGUGGCGUGCGGAGAAGAGAUAUCGAGCGGUGAUGGAACGAUGGAUGGAAUAUCGAUGAACACCAGAUUCAGAGACCCAGAUAAGCCUGAGCACUUGACAUAUCUUAUGGUCCAGCAUCGGUCAUCGGUUAAUGAAUUGAUGAGCUAUAACUGA